AACACCUCAUAUCAAAAUAUUUGUUUGACUCUCAUGCUCCUCUUAAAAAAUGUGCACAUCUGCUUUAUGGCUCGUGUGUGUCAGCCUGCUGCUCAGCCCGUCUCGGAGCUGCUUUCAGUGCUUUGUUGAGUCAUCAGUCAGUUCUCGUCUGUGUUCUGGUCACAUUUUAACUGAACACAAUGUCAUAAAUGUUGACGCCUGCUUCAGGAAGCUGGAACGCAUCUUCAACAACGAUAAGAGAGUAAUUGAGGCUGGCAGAGUAGGUAAGGGUUAUGACAAACAGCUAAAAGACAUUCUGGACUCACAGAUUCUCCCCGUGGUGGAGGAGUUUGACACAAAGAAGAAUAAAGACACAGUGUAUGAGGAAAGGUUGCAGACAGCAGCAGACAAUUUCAUCUCGGCUGCCUCCAAACUGCCUAGAGUCACUGGGUGUUUCCCUCCAUGUGGUUUCCAGAGUUCUGGUUCAGUGUACAACUGUGUUACCUGCAAGUACGACUCCUGUGAAUUCCCCCUGGACUGUCCAGUUAAAGAUGUUAAAGUAAUGGAGAGCAGCAGAAGCCAGGUGCGGUGUGAGGUGCCUUUUACAUUACCAGAUGAUAUCGAGGUGAUCUGGAGGUUUGCAGAGGAGGUGAAAACCCAGCAGGGUCAGUUUAAAGAGUUGACUGCGGGGGUGGACAGGCUCUAUUCAAUACCUUCAACCAGCCUGCACCAUCAGGGCACCUACCAGUGUGAGAUCUACUCCGGACAACACUCCAUUGUUCGACUUUAUUACUACCUCACAGUGACCCCCCAGGUUGUGGUGGGCCACACAGAGCUGCAGGAGAUAUUCGACCUGUCUCUGCUCCCAGGAGGGCGUUUACUCCCUGCACCCGGUGGUCCUCCCCACUCCCCCCGCCUCCCUCCCUCGCCACUGCUUCUCACCGUCUGUUUAACUUCUGUGCUUCUGCUGCUCUUCCUCUCUCUGGGGGCUCUUUAUUUGUCAUCACUACCAGAGCAAAUCAGUCACACUGAACAUGCUGAUGAAGAGGAAGAUUUGGGAAUCAUGAGUUGAGAAGAAUGUACAAUAAAUACAAACAUUUAAUCAGCUGACAUCAGCUGACUGGUUUUCUACAUAGCCUUA